AUCUCGUAAAAGGGUCUCCUUGCUCUUGUAUUAGUCUCCAGAAAAGCAAAGAAAACAAAACAAGAUUAAAAGGUAGGCAGCCCCAACUCCAAGAUUAAACGCCCCCGUUUAGUUCUUCCAGAUCAAAAAUUCGUUUACUAUCGAGCGGGGUGUUUAAUUUUAAAGGUAGAUAUUGAUUAAUUUUUAAAAUUAGAGAGAUUAGAGAUUUUAGAUAUAAAUAAAUAGAUCGAGAUCAAAAUCUAAGAGGAGCAACAAUGGAUAAUAUAAUGAGCAAGCUUCGGAGCCUGGACGCGUAUCCGAAAAUCAACGAGGAUUUCUACAGCCGUACACUCUCCGGUGGCCUUAUCACUCUCGUUUCCUCCAUCGUCAUGCUCUUGCUCUUCUUCUCCGAGCUCCGAUUGUAUCUACAUGCUGUAACUGACACAACACUUGUAGUAGAUACUUCCAGAGGAGAAACUCUACGUAUCAAUUUUGAUGUCACAUUUCCUGCCCUUCCAUGCUCUAUACUCAGUCUUGAUGCCAUGGACAUCAGUGGAGAACAACACCUUGAUGUGAAACAUGACAUAAUCAAGAAGAGAUUAGAUACUCAUGGAGAUGUUAUAGAAGAAAGGCAAGAUGGAAUUGGUUCUCCUAAGAUUGAAAAACCACUACAGAAACAUGGUGGCAGGCUCGAGCAUAAUGAGACAUACUGUGGCUCCUGUUAUGGUGCAGAAACGUCAGAUGAAGAAUGUUGUAAUAACUGUGAAGAUGUUCGCGAAGCAUAUCGGAAGAAAGGUUGGGCACUGUCAAACCCUGAUGUGAUUGACCAGUGCAAAAGAGAAGGUUUUCUACAAAGGAUUAAAGAUGAAGAAGGUGAAGGAUGUAAUAUAUAUGGAUUCAUAGAAGUUAACAAGGUGGCAGGAAAUUUUCAUUUUGCGCCUGGAAAAAGCUUUCAUCAAUCAGGUGUUCAUGUACACGAUCUACUAGCAUUUCAAAAGGAUAGUUUUAAUGUAAGUCACAAGAUCACUAGAUUAUCUUUUGGAGACUAUUUCCCUGGUGUUGUGAAUCCUUUGGACAAUGUGAAAUGGAUACAAGAAACACCAAGUGGGAUGUAUCAGUAUUUCAUCAAGGUUGUACCUACAGUGUACACAGAUGUGAGUGGGCACACAAUCCAGUCAAAUCAGUUCUCUGUAACUGAACAUUUUAGGAAUGCAGAAAUAGGCCACCUUCAGUCCCUUCCUGGAGUGUUCUUCUUCUAUGAUCUUUCUCCAAUUAAGGUGACUUAUAAGGAGGAACACACCUCAUUUUUACACUUCCUAACAAAUGUGUGUGCUAUCGUUGGAGGAGUUUUUACCGUUUCAGGAAUACUAGAUUCAUUUAUAUAUCAUGGUCAAAGGGCUAUCAAGAAAAAGAUCGAACUUGGUAAAUUUAGUUGAUGAUUGAUUCAAUUUUUGUUCUGUUGUAUUUGGUUGCUGUGCGAGUAAAUGGCUUUAUGGAGAGAAUGAUAUUAUUAAGAGAAAAGGAACUAUCUAAUCGACUCUCUCCCUGUGGUUGACUGGGCUCUUAUGAUCACAAUCAACGACUGAGGAAUUCUCAUUAUAUCGUUUUGAUCACAGAAGGUUGAAUUCCUAGCUGAUAGCUCCUCUUUCCCAAGUUAUAAUCAAAUUGUAACUGCUUUGUUGAUGUGAUUGUCUUUUUUCUAAGAUUAAUUGGAGCUUACAUUUCUUGCUAGCAAACUUACAAAAGUAUCUUAGUUAAAGACAGAAAUCAAGCUUUUUGGAAAGAUAAUUUAUAUUAUAUUAUUUGAUUUCUCCCUGUUGAGGGGGGGAAGGGACAAA